GUGGCCAGUCAGCAAUCCACAGUGUGUUAAAGCAUCUCAGCUGGUCAGGCCCUGGAACUAUUCCUGAGCUUCUGCCCUAGGAUAUUGAUGUUCAACAGGAUGAAGACUACCACUUGCUCUCUUCUCAUCAUCAUCUCCCUUCUUCAACUGAUGGUCACAGUGAAUACUGAGGACAGCUUAGUCUCUUUCCUGCAGAAGCUCAAGCAACUUCUCAAUCAUCAUGAUGUCAGUCACUCCCCUGUGACUAAUACUCUCUCCUGCACUAGUGUCAAGGCUAUGGGCACUCUAGCAUCCUGUCCUACUGGAAUGACUGUUACUGGUUGUUCUUGUGGCUUUGCUUGUGGAUCUUGGAAUGUCCAGAAUGAAAAUGUUUGCCACUGCCUAUGCCCAAUCAUUGACUGGACUGCUGCCCGCUGCUGCAAACUGGCCUGAAAAUGAGGACCUUAAAAUCCAGUUUUGAAAUGAUGAUUAUAAAGAAAUUGUCAUCCCACCCCGGAAAUCUGAUUCACUGUGCCUGUGGUGAAUUCAUAUUACACAGUAACCCUGCUUUUUAAGCAAUAAAGGCAGAUUUGUACUCAU